CGGUGCGGGCCGGCGGAACCAUGUUGCGGGCGGUGGCGGCGCAGCGGCUGCGGCGGGCGGCGUCGGUGCUUCGGAGGUCCCAGAGCACGUUGGUGGUGGCAGAACACAACAAUGAAUCCCUCACCCCCAUCACCCUCAACACCAUCACUGCAGCAAAGCGCCUGGGAGGAGAGGUCUCCUGUCUGGUGGCUGGUACCAGCUGUGACAAGGUAGCAUCAGAACUCAGCAAAGUGCAGGGUGUUGCAAAAGUUCUCGUGGCUCAGCAUGAUGUGUACAAGGGAUUUCUGGCAGAGGAGCUGACGCCCUUGAUUGUGGAAACUCAUAAAAAAUUUAAUUACACUCACAUUUGUGCCGGAGCAUCUGCGUUUGGGAAGAAUCUUAUUCCCAGAGUGGCUGGCAAGCUUGAUGUUGCCCCUGUUUCUGACAUUAUUGAAAUUAAGUCCCCAGAUACUUUUGUGAGAACUAUCUAUGCAGGAAAUAUUAUUUGCACUGUGCAGUGUGAUGAAGCAAUCAAAGUGUUUACUGUGCGGGGAACUUCAUUUGAGGCUGCACCAGCGAGCGGUGGUAGUGCCAGUGUAGAAAAGUUGACCCCCCCUCCGCCUGUCGGGAUCUCGGAGUGGAUUGAGCAGAAGCUGACGAAGAGCGACCGGCCGGAGCUCACCAGUGCCAAAGUGGUUGUGUCAGGGGGGAGGGGCUUGAAGAGUGGUGAAAAUUUUAAGUUGUUGUAUGAACUUGCGGAUCAAUUGCAUGCUGCAGUUGGAGCUUCCCGUGCAGCUGUUGAUGCUGGCUUUGUUCCUAAUGACAUGCAGGUUGGACAGACGGGCAAAAUAGUAGCACCAGAACUUUACAUUGCUGUGGGAAUAUCUGGAGCAAUCCAACACUUGGCUGGAAUGAAAGACAGCAAGACCAUUGUUGCUAUUAACAAGGAUCCAGAAGCUCCAAUUUUCCAAGUGGCAGACUAUGGACUGGUAGCAGACUUAUUUCAGGCGGUGCCAGAGAUGACGAAGCUCCUGAAGAAGAAGUGAGUGCUGGUGACGGGACCCAGCACUGUGGAGUAAGGGCAAAUAAAGGAUUUUACUGGAAA